AAUAUAUUAACUUGUAAGUCGUGGCACGAUAUAUUUAUAUCUGAGUAUUUUAAUCGGAUUUUGUGUUGUUUUUCGCCGUCUGUGACCGAGUGAGCUCUCAAAUUUGCCAAGAGUCGCCAAGAGUAUCACGUCUGAACCAAUUCGAAACACAGAAAUCGGGAAAAUUGUGAACAGACUUAAGAAUCGUGGUUUGUUUUGUAACAUAAGCGUUGUACUGUUGCUUCGCUCAUACUGUUGGAUGUUGUGUGGGAAAUAUCGUUUAUAAAUUCAACGGCGGUGAUGUCAACCGCCAGGAACGAAGGAGUUAGUGUCUGAUUCGAUCGUCAUGUUUCCGAAAUAGCUUCCACUCGUUUAUAUUGAGUCCUUAAUUUAACACGCCUGUUGUGUUGUGAACAUCACUCGAUCGACCGACAGACGCGCGCAAUGUUAUGGUCGUCCAGUACUUCUUGGCUCGCCUUUGACCGCAGUUGAUUUUUGUUAUCUCGUGAAUCUCUGCGAUCUAACUUCAGUGGGAACACCACCGAGAAGUUCACGUAAUCAUAGGCGAGCACGCAGGGAAGAUCGAAGAAGUUAUUUAACAGGACCUGUCGUACACCACCGGAAGCCAACGUGUUUGUAAUCUGGUGCUGUACUAUUGAGUUCACCACACUGAGCGGUCUCUAAUGCUCGGUGGAGAAGUGUUCAAGAUCGCAUGCAGAAAGAAGCUACAACAGAACUUGCCACUGACGAAAAAUCUCAUGGGCGACCGUGUUUCAUAGCAACAGCGGUUAUCCUUCCUAAACACAUGCGCAAUACUGAGGAAACUCCAUGGAGUGUGCGUGAAAAUGGAGCCAAAGAUGAACCUGUUGGUUUGGGGCAGAGAGCAGGUGUUCGUUUUGAUCCGGAAGAUGACGCAUGUGUAGUUGAAUCAGGAUCGUUAUUGAAGAAUAUUGGUGCAACUAGAUUGGAUGGUGAUUGUAGUUCUUCUAAAGAGAUAUUUAAAAAGGAAAGUAAUAUGUUUCACGGUGAGACUAGUCUCGAGGCGGACGUUCAGACAGGUGGAAGUAUUCGUGAUAGAAUAGCGGCGCUUAAGGCCACCUCUGGUAUGAAAACACUGGCUGUUACUCCAGAAAGAGAGCUGGCGAAGAAACCUUUUACCAAACCUGCCGUUAGAUCGCACGAGGAUGAAGAAAAUGAAGAAAAUGAAGAAAAUGAAACAAUGAAAGCAGAUUUAAGAAGUGAAUCUCCAAAAUCGAUCAAAGUAUUGUCGAAGAGAGAAACUCAAUCUGAGAUGUCUCAGGUCUCUCCAAGGAAUAGCAUCGCGUUCAAUGUGGGAUUACAAAAUGCGGCAAAAAGUCGACUGCCACCUCGUUUGUUGGCGAGAUUUAAAACUGAUGAUUCUGAAGCGAGAAAGGAAGAAAUUGUUUCAGAAUCUCCGGCUGUGAAUAAUAAAGAAAUUGGGGCCGUUAGGGACAAAGUUUUGGCCUUUGAGGUCAACUUUGACGAUGAACCGCGUUCAAAACGCGUUAAGGAUGAAGCUUUUCUGAUGCAAUCACCAUUCAAGGCCCUGAAAACGCGUUCUAACCUCAGACGUCAACAGAACUCAAAGCCGUGCAAGCCAAUCAGAGCGCAAGAGGAUUUGGAAGAUAACAAAACCUCUGAACUACCGAAGCUGCUCAAACGAAACACGUUCACUCUAGAUUCAGUAUCAGAUCAAGGAUCACCGAUCGUUAAGGUUUUAGACGAGCUUGCUAGUAAGGAGGAAGGUAAACAGAAUGGAGAAGUGGAGUCAGGCGAGCGUGGUACCAAACGCAACACCUUCACUUUAGAGUCUGUAUUCCUUUCUAAAGCUGAUAUCACUGAGAAUGGGCAGCCUGUGAUAAACUUACUCAACGACUCGGUGAUUAAGAAGGAAUCUGAUCAAAGUGAGCAAGAAACAAACAUUACAACGUCUUUGUCAAACGAAAUGUCUCAAAAAAGAAGCACGUUCACUCUGGAAAGUGUAGCAAUUGAAUUGGACUCAGCGAUUGGACAAGAAGAGCAAGGGGUAAAACAAAAUGAGGCUGAAAAAUUUCAUCAAGGCACCAUUACUGUCGAUACGCUCACAAAGCAGACUUUGACGUCAGAAGAGGAACUUGUGACCUCCGAGAAACGUUCAACAUACAAUUUAGACGCGGUUUCGUCGUCGUUGCAAAGAGGAACUGACAAAGGUGCACUUGUAGUUGAAGUUUUAAAUCAGCUCGCUAAACGCGAAGAAUUGCAAUCGUCAGUCUGGAGAGAAGCUGACAGUUCACCAGCUGCAGCUGAUUCUGUUAAAAAGCGUGAUACGUUCACCCUGGAUAGCGUGUCACAGACCUUAGACGAUGAGGAGAAGAAAGGCUUGUCUACAGUGGAGGUGUUAGAUCAGCUUGCGUUCGAACAGGAGUCCACUUCAUCGACUGAUAUAAACUCAGGAGAAAAACUCCAUUCAAAGACUUCUCAAAAUCGUGGCACCUUCACCCUGGACAGUGUUUCGCAGACUCUAGAGGAUGCCGAGUGCAAAGGUUUGCCGACAGUUGAAGCGUUAGAUCGGCUUGCCUCCGAGCAGGAAACUCAUUUGCUCCCUAAUGCUUCAUGUGAAGACCAAAUGAAAAUUGGACCACCUCAAAACCGUGGCACUUACUCACUGGACUCCGUAUCGCACGCUAUCGAAGAAGCUGUAGAGAAAGGAAUUCCAGUUUCCGUCACGUUAAAUCACUUAGCUCAGGAGGGGACGAACCAUGCGCAUGCUCAUGGCGAUGCUUCCUUCGAACCCAGACCCUUCGAUGCAGAAGAACAGCCGCCUGACGAUCGAGACGAGAUCGAAGCCCGUUUCGAGGAUGCUUUGGAAACACUGGAAGAUUGCUUGACUUUUGUAUCUUUCCCAUCGGCUUCUGAUCGUUGAAGAUCGUAUUCUGAUAAGAGGCAAUCGUAUACUGACCGAAAUCAAUCGUCUAAUGAUCGGGCACAAUUGUCAUCUGAUCAAGAACGUU